AUGGGAGAUAAAGUUAGCCUACGGGGCCGACAGCUGCGGUGGUUCUUUGUCAAACAUGUCCGUAAUGGCAGUGUCAAUCUGUGGAGUUUCACGACCGAUGAUCCCUACUAUAUAAUAGUAUUCUAUCCGUUAUCCAGAGCAACGAUAUUUGAGCAUUACGAUGAUCCAGACUGGACUGAUAAUUACCAGGACAUGAUCAAUGUCCGAACCAAGUGGCGAGGCGCCAUGAGGGCAAAGCACGGUGCUUUUCCCAGAGACUCUAAAGAGCAAAUCCUCCGCAAGGACACGCAUUCACUGCCGGGACCGUCUCCAACUCCUGUGAUCGAUAAAGACAUAUCUGUGUACUUUCAGCCCCAAACACCCUCAGAGAAGGAGUCUCUUUAUCUCCGCCGCCGUCACACGCUCUACCACACCAUAGCGGCGAGGGCUACCCGAUGCCGUCACCUCUUGAGGUGGCUCACCUCGCACCUGCAUAUCCAAGGCUUCUGCAACUAG